AUGAGCUGGCAACCAAACCAGGAGUCCCUCGGGACACUCGCGACAUGUCUCCGGGACUCGCUGAGCGGCUUCAACAAGACCGCCCAGAAGCAGGCCGAAAUUAUGCUCACGCAAGCGAAAGCGAGUCCCGAUAUCAACAAUUACCUGGCAUUCAUCUUUUCGAGUGCCACUCCAGCGCCGGGCACACCGGUGCAGCAGCCCACCGAAUGGCAUGUGGUCCGAUCUGCUGCCGCCAUCAUGCUCAAGAACAACAUCAAGAGCAACCUCAAGGGAAUCCCCGAAAGCAGUCUCCAGUUGAUCAAACUGGCCAUUCCUCUCGGUAUCCAGGACACCAACUCUCAGAUCCGCAGCUUUGCUGGCAACCUUGCGACCGAAAUCGUCCGUUGUGGAGGACUUUACAGCUGGCCUGAGCUCCUCGAGGUUCUGCUCAAGAUGAUUGGCAACGAAGGAAACCAGUACUCGAACGAGGCCCAAGAAGGUGCCAUGGCCGCCAUGGCCAAGAUCUGCGAAGACAACACCAAGGUUUUGGAACGGGAGCAAAAUGGCCAGCGGCCGCUCAACAUCCUUCUCCCCAAAUUCAUCGAGGCUACCAAGAGCCCCCUGCCAAAAGUCCGCGCUCUGGCCCUCAAGGCCAUCAACGAGUUCACCCCAAGGAAAAGCCAGGCCAUGCUCAACGUUAUCGAUACCCUUCUCCAGCAUUUGUUUUAUCUCUCCGAAGACAAGUACCCCGAUGUGAGGCGAGAGGUGUGCCGCGCCUUUGUCCGGCUGGUUGAGACCCGGCCCGACAAGCUGCUGCCUCAUAUCGGAGGUUUGGUCGACUACAUCCUUACCCAGCAAAAGAGCGACGACGAGGAGCUCGCCACAGAGGCGGCUGAGUUCUGGUUGGCUGUGGGCGAGCACGACAAUCUCUGGCAGGCCCUUGAUCCCUACCUCGGCAAGAUUAUCCCCGUGCUUCUGGAAUGCAUGGUGUACAGUCCCGAGGAUAUUGCUCUCUUGGGAGGCGCGUCCGACGACGAAGACGAGGAGGAUCGAGAAGAGGAUAUCAAGCCAAAGUUUGCCAAGAAGAACUUGAAGCGCGGCGCUGCUGGUGCUGAGGAGGGUGAAAGCCAGGAGGACAACGGCUACGAGAAGAUGGCCGAGGAGGGUCUGGAGGAGGGCGAGAUCGACGACGAAGAUGAGGACGACGACGGCGAUGAGAACCCAGAUGAGAAGUGGACCCUCCGCAAGUGCUCUGCGGCAGCGCUCGACGUUUUUGCUGGCGAUUUCGGCGGCAAAGUCUUCCACUCGAUUCUCCCCUAUCUGCAAACAAACCUGAAGCACGAGGACUGGCCACGCCGCGAAGCUGCCGUGCUUGCCCUCGGCGCCGUUGCCGAUGGCUGCAUGGGUGUUGUUGUGCCCCAUCUGCCGGAGCUUGUCCCCUACCUCAUCAGCCUCCUUGAGGACCCGGAGCCGGUGGUCCGUAUCAUCACAUGCUGGACCCUGAGCCGGUAUUCAUCAUGGGCUGCGAGCCUCACAGACGGGGCCCAGAAACAAAGUUACUUUGAGCCCCUCAUGGAGGGCAUCCUUCGCAGGAUGUUGGACAAGAACAAGAAGGUGCAAGAAGCGGGUGCCUCGGCCAUGGCCACCCUUGAGGAAAAGGCCGGCAAACAGUUGGAACCGUACUGCGGGCCGAUCAUCCAGCAGUUUGUUCUAUGCUUCAGCAAAUACAAGGAUAAGAACAGAUGGGUUCUCUAUGACUGCGUCCAGACGCUGGCCGAGCAUAUUGGACCGGUUCUGGCUCGCCCCGAGCUUGCUGGCCAGCUCAUGCCCACCAUCAUCGACAGAUGGCAAAGAGUACCAGAUCAGUCGCGGGAAAUGUUCCCCUUGCUAGAGUGCCUAUCCUACAUCGCCAUGGCGCUCGGAGAUGCCUUUACUCCUUAUGCCGAGCCGAUCUUCAACAGAUGUGUCAACAUCAUUCACCAAAACCUCGAGCAGUCCAUGCACGCCAAAACAAAUGCCAACUUUGAUCAGCCUGACAAGGACUUUUUGGUCACCAGUCUUGAUCUUUUGAGCGCUAUCAUCCAGGCCCUGGACAACACCAAGGCGGCAGAGCUUGUUACAAGAAGCCAACCGGCCUUCUUUGAGCUCUUGAGCUUCUGCAUGGAGGAUCCUUCCGACGAGGUGCAGCAGUCGGCCUACGCCCUGGUUGGUGACUGCUCAAAGUAUGUCCCCGAGCAGCUGAGGCCGUUCAUCCACAAGAUCUUCACCAUGCUGGUCAAGAAGCUCGACCUGGACGACAUCUUGGACGAGGAGAUUGACAGCAGCUUUAGCGUUGUUAACAACGCCUGCUGGAGCGCCGGCGAGGUGGCGAUGCAGUUCAAGGAGGAGAUGGCGCCGUUCGUACCAGAGCUGCUGCGGAGGUUCGUCGAGAUCAUCUCCAAUCCUGGUGUGCCUGGCGGCGUGGUCGAGAACGCCGCGAUCGCGUUGGGCAGACUGGGUCUCUUCCAUGCCGCCAUCAUCGCGCCUCACCUUCCCAAGUUUGCGCACGAGUUCCUCACCGUCAUGGACGAGGUCGACACAUCGGAGGAGAAGGCGACUGCUUUUAGGGGAUUCUGCAACGUCGUCGCUCAGAACCCGCAGUCGAUUGAGAAUGUGCUGCUGGCCUUCUUUUCGUCGAUUGCGAGGUACCAGGACUUGAAGCUGCGCAACCCCAUCAAGCAGGAGUUGCAUGAGGCUUUCUUGAGUGUCCUCAAGAUCUACCAGCAAUUGAUUCCGGGGUUCGUCGACUUCCUCAACAAGCUCCCGCCACAAGACCAGCAAGCACUCAAGACGACAUAUGGUCUCUAG